UGUGCCCGUUUUUUAUCUCCGAUUUAGCCAAAAACCUACGAACGUGGCGAAGCAUAAUAGAAGUUUACCAACUUAUAGUUGCGAAUGUACCUAAAAAUCAUUUAAAUCAUUUCGUGUAGGCCGAAAAUGAAUCGAAAAGUCGUCAAAUUACGUUCAUAUUGCGGGUAAAAAUAUCGGGGUGAGUUGAUGUUUUGGGGGGAUGAUGUUUUGAGGUUGCGGUGUAGCGCGAUACAUGGGGGAGGGGGGGGGGCUGAGCUGCCCGACUGUCUGCGGAACUCCAAGGGUUGCAAAAAUGACGGUAGCCUCCUCGUCGCACAUUCUCAUGGGAGAGGUUGUCAGAAGCGGUUCGUGCACCAUAAACAUUGGAUGUGGAUGUGCAACUCGCAGCGUGUGAAUGUGAUCCUGAAAAGGACCAUAUUCGAAACUAAAUAAUUAGGACAAAUAAAUAUUAGAAUGACGGAGUUCAAAUCGGUGAUUGUACCCACCAGGCCUUUCGAUGAUCAAAAGCCGGGUACAAGUGGACUUAGGAAGAGAGUUACUGUUUUUCAGCAGCAAAAUUACACAGAAAAUUUUGUUCAAGCUAUAUUGAAUUCACUAGGCGACGACUUGCAAGGUUCGGUGCUUGUUCUAGGAGGUGAUGGUAGAUACUAUGUAAAGGAUGCAGCAAAAUUGAUCAUAAGAAUAUGUGCCGCUAAUGGGGUUAAGAAAUUAAUUGUAGGCCAGCAUGGAAUUUUUUCAACCCCAGCAGUAUCAAACCUGAUAAGAAAAAGGAACACAUCUGGAGGUAUUAUCUUGACUGCAAGUCACAAUCCAGGAGGCCCCGAUAAAGAUUUUGGAAUCAAAUUCAAUACAGAUAAUGGAGGACCAGCGCCAGAUUAUGUUACAGCAGAAAUUUUUAAUAUCACCGUUGGUCUGGAGUCCUAUAAUAUAGUUCCUGACCUUGAAUGUGAUAUUGAUACACAGGGUGUUUAUACAUACAUUGUUGACGGCAAUGAAUUUAAUGUGGAAGUCGUAGAUUCGGUGGCUGAUUAUGUCGGGCUCAUGAAAGAAAUAUUUGAUUUUGACAGUCUAAGAGAGCUCCUUAAAGGAUCGGAGGGCCGGAAGCCAUUCAAAAUUCUCAUUGAUUCUAUGAAUGGUGUUACCGGUCCUUACGUAAGGCAGAUUUUCGUGAAUGAACUCGGAGCAGAUGAGAGUAGCAUAGUGAAUACGAAGCCUUUAGAAGAUUUUGGAGGUCUUCAUCCAGAUCCUAAUUUAACUUAUGCUGUUCAGCUGGUUGACGCCAUGAAAGAAGGAAUUCAUGAUUUUGGUGCAGCAUUUGAUGGUGAUGGGGACCGAAACAUGAUUCUGGGGAAGAAAGCAUUUUUUGUGACCCCUUCUGACUCGCUCGCUGUGCUGGGGGCCCAUCUCCAUCACAUACCAUAUUUCAAAAUAACAGGUAUCAAGGGAUUUGCCCGCAGCAUGCCCACUGCUGGCGCAAUUGAUAGAGUUGCAAGUGCUACAGGUAUUGACUUUUAUGAGGUACCCACAGGAUGGAAGUUCUUUGGUUCCUUAAUGGAUGCAGAUCAGCUGUCACUUUGUGGGGAAGAGAGCUUUGGCACAGGAUCCGAUCAUAUCCGUGAGAAGGAUGGAAUAUGGGCUGCCCUGGCGUGGCUGCAGGUUAUUGCCUGUGAGAAGAAAGGUGUAGAGGAACUUUUGGUUUCUCAUUGGAAGAAGUUUGGCAGAAACUUCUUUACAAGGUAUGAUUAUGAAAAUUGCCCUGCAGAUAACUGUGCCUAUAUGUUGCACAAACUUGAACAGAUAGUGACAUCACCUGUUUAUAUUGGAACACAAAUCAUUCAUAGAAAUAAAAGCUAUGUUGUGAAACAGGCAGACAACUUUUGUUAUGAAGAUCCAAUAGAUGGCAGCUUAACACCAAAACAGGGUAUCAGAUUGCUGUUUGAGGAUGGCUCUCGUAUCAUUGUCAGGUUGAGUGGUACUGGAAGUUCAGGGGCGACAGUCAGGAUAUAUGUAGACAGUUAUGAGAAGGAUGAAAGACUGAUUCUGAAGGAUGCCCAGGUUGUGCUUGCUCCUCUCAUACACAUUGCGUUGGAUGUGACAGAAAUUAAGAUUCAUACUGGCAGAGAUACUCCUACGGUCAUCACGUAAGGAGAGCUUGUAAUUUGAAGCAUUGCUGGGAUCCUUAGUCAGAUUAUGUUAGACAGUAAAUAUUUCCUUAAAAUUGUAAAUUUAAGUUGUUUAAAAUUAUGAAUCACUUUCUUUUUGUUAUUGUAACUGGCUUUGAACUAUAUAUUGCAUAACCAGUACAUUUUUUUGUAAUGAAAUGGCUGAAAUUCAUACUCUGGUAAAUAUAUGGAAGUCUAGAUAUUUGAAAGUAAUAUUAUGAAGAUCUGUUGAAGUAUAAAUUUGUAGUUAAGUACUCUCAUUUAGAGAUAUUUCGUGAUAUUUACUUCAUAGCAAGAAUGUGUUGUUAGAAUUGCGUGAGGAUACUGAAUGUAGUAAUAAUGUGUUUACUGUUGUCCCAUUCUAUUAAAGGAAGUGGAGGUUGUCAUUUCCGAUUCACAUUAAAAACCCUUUGUAAUGCUUUGCCUAACCUCAUGGUGGUCCUUAUGCCUCUCGUUAGAACACUGUCUCAUAUGUGGAAGUGACCCAUUUGGAAAUUAAUAGAUUGGCAAAAUAAGACUUUAAUCACAGAGAAAUUGAAAAGAUUUUAAUGAAACAAAGAAUGUUAAUCUAGUCCUCAAAGUGUAUAGAAUUGUCAAAUGCUAGAAUACUCGUUUCUUUGUGACCUAUGUACAUUGUAGUAUGAAAUGUUCUGUCGAUUUAAAUUAUGCAUGCUUCCUACCUGAAGUGUUGUAGAAUAUACUGCUUUGGGAAAUUACCUCCACAGUUUUAGCUGGUCAGUAGAAAUCAACAUCGAUGCUGAUAGAUGCAGUAUCAAUCAAGAUCAGUCAUGUAAGAGGCAGAUACCGCAUACUUCAAUAGAUUUAGUUGUAGUGAGACAUUAAUUUUCUGUAAAUGUACUGUAAAUAUUUGUAUAGAUUUCAGAAGCUCACUUCCUGCUUUCUUUGUCAGCAUUGUAACACUGUUGUGCGUUGUAGUGUUUCUGUUGACUAACUUGGGCUAAGGUACUUUUAGUAAUAUUUAUUUUAAGAUUUUUUUUAUAGAUUUUGAGGUAGGAUAUAGAAAGUUUAUUGACAGUAAUAAUGUUGUGGAAUAUGCUUGAUGUUUAUUUCUAUUGGAGAAAUUUAUUUUUGAUAAGAAAUGAAAAUCCAGUUUGGGUCACAUAUUUGCUGUGUGAUGGCUUUCAUCUCAAAAGUAGGAAUUAUUGUAUCAAGUCAUAGAAGUAUAUAGUGAUCAUAAUCUUGGACUGUACAGAAUUUGAUACAUCAUUUUGAGUUUCUUGGUUAAAUUUAGCAGAAGGCAUUGGCAAGCCAGUUGUGUCUCACCUUUUAUUUAAGAGACUAAGAAUUUUUUUGUCAGUCAGGAGACACUUUUUGCUUGAAUGUAUUACCAAAAAGAUACCCCCUUUCAGUAUUCACUGGGUGAAAAUAUGUUUUUGAAUUUGUGGAACACUUGAGUGAAUAUUUUAUCUUUGAUUUAAAUAAAUAUUUUGCAAAAUUAACAUUUAAGCCAACAGUGAACUUCUUGGGUUUUGUUACAUUGAAUGUUUUCAUUGGGAGUUCACUUUCUCGAGACUAAUGUGAAUAAAAAAGUGAAAAUAAGAUUGAUAUCAUGCAUAUAGCAAAUUUCAAGCUCAAGUGUUCUGUAGUGUGUUAGUUGAAUUUGUACUUCAAGUGAAUGGGAUCCUGUAAAAAUGGACUUAUUUUUAUGGGGGGCACCUGCUCAUGAGCAUGUUAUUUAUUCUUGAUUCAAUAGAAUGUUCAUGCUUGUCAUUGUAAUUUCUAAUGCACUAUAUUAUUACCCAGUCUGGAUUUUCUUUAAAAACCAAGAGAAGAUGUUAGAAAUGCUAAGUUCUUGUGUCAGGUUUUAAGUGUGUAUUUUCUGAUUGUUUGGUGUAAUGAUUUUGAAUAAGACUUCAAAAUUGUAUUAUACAAUAGUUCAUUAUUUGAUGUCCGUAUUAGAAAACUGUGUUAUGAUUCUAAUUCAUUGCAAUUGCUGUAGGACCAUUGGUAAAAACUUUCAUAGUUUGAAAAUAAUAAUACAGAUUAUUAAGUAAUAAUCUUUACACACUUCAUAUUCCUGUGUUUGUUGCCUGUGUAAAUUAAGGCCUAAAUUGUUGCAUAGAUUGCAAAGGAUGAAGUUAAUUUUGUGGAGAGGAGUCAGAAUAAUUUACUUGCUGGUUGACGCUUUAAACAACUUGUAAACUGUUGAUAUAAUACCAAGUAUGAGUAUUUGCUAGGAAGUCGCAUCUCACCGAGAAAUAACAUCGCCUUUGAAAUAGAAUACAUUUAAUAAAAUUACUUACUAUUUGUGGUUUGGGAUUGAAAAUGUUAUUCCUGUAGCAGAUAAGGCAUUUCUAGCAUCAUUUCUUGAUUUCACCGCUUGUGACAGACUGAUCAGAGAGUUUAAAAAUUGAGCACGAUGUUGAAUUAAGCUGCAAUCAAGGGAUUGUUCCAUAGAUGGUUGGCUUUUGUGCCCAUAAGAAUAACACAAUCGUAGUCUCCUGGUAUGACACAUCUCCCGAUGUACAGACAUUCUGUAGUGAGAUCGUGAUUGUAUUAUUUUCAUGAAUUUUUGAAAAUGUGUCUACUGCAAUGUGUCAUUUCAGAGUAUGCGUAUUUACAAAGAAAAAAAGUUUUCCUACAAGUAUUCAUAAUUAAGGUGUUCACAAUAUUAAAUAUACAAUUCACAUGAAAAUUUAUUAUUUGAACAAUUGGAAGGAUCAUUUUUAGUAAUGUAGAGAUCAGAACAGGUCAAAAGGCCUAAACCUUUCAGUUUAUGAUGAUAAAACAUUCAAGAAAUUGGUACAUAAAGUUGGCUGAGAUAGUUUCAUUCUUAAACUAGAGAGGUUGGGCCCAGUUCCAGGUUUUAUAGUGCAUGAAUCAUUUUGAUGCUUACUGUAAAAUGUGUCUUGUAUUUGGUUCCUGUGCUAACCAUAUAAACAAUUUUGCCUCUUGUACAAGGUCAGGACAGUACACUUACCCAAUCUCGUUAGGUAGUUGUGAAAUAAUAAGCUACCAAAUGCUACAGCUGAGAGGUCUGCUGGUUUUGUAUUCAGGUCCUGGGACCAAAUCUUGGCUUAAUAACUAUCUUGACCAAGUUUUUCAGGGUUUUCCACAGCCCCUCAUUGCAGAUGCUGGGAUAGUACCUUAAAUUCCUUCUGUAUCUUUCCCAAUUCAUUAUCCUAUCAUUGAACACUAUAUAGUCUGAGUUGCUGACAGUGUUGUUAAAUAUGCUGUAAAUAAAUAAGCUGUCAUGUAAACAUACAUUUCAAUGAAUGUGAAAGAGCAUAGCUGUAGCUUACCUCUUGAUUUGCCAGAAACAAUAUAUGAAUGCACACUAUUUUAGAGGCCACUGGAACAUGCCCCUGAUCAGCUUAACACUCAAAUUGAAUGCUUAUUAAUAUCUCUGCCUGUCAUUACAGUCUGUUAUCAUGAGGUGCAGCUUGUUUGAAAUACAUAUAUAUAAUAUAAUACACAUAUAUUUUUCAGUCUAAAGAGUAACACUAAAUAUAAAUAAAUUGUCUAUUGGAGAGGGAUGCAUGAAUGCAGAUGAAAGUGUACAGUUGAUAAGUACUGCAAAGAAGUAUUUGUUGGUUGAUUAGAAGGAAACCUUCUUUCAAGCCUUUGACUGUCAUAAUUAUUUUGUUGUUCUUUUAGUUGUUUUUUUUAUACCAAAUUUUACUUUCAGGUUGAAGCUUGAAAACUGCUGAAAAUUUAGAUUAAUAUAUUGAAAAUAUUCUGAAUGAAGAGUUUACUAAAUUUAAUAAUCUGCUACAUGAAAUUCAAUACUAGAAAUAUUUUAACUCUUCUUUUGACUCAUAAUUUGGAGUCAUUAGUAAUAUAGAUUCAGGUAUUGAAACAUGAAAAACUCAAAAUACUCUUCUCUAAUCAUUUUUCAUGAACAUUAUGGUUUUCCUAGCAUUUGGCUCAAAUAAACAUUACCUUUAGUCAUUGGAUUCCAAGAAUUGAUUCCUUCCAAGAAACAAAAAAUGAAUUAUAUACAGUGCAUUAAUUUAAAAGUCUAGCGCAAAUGUGAGGGUGAAUUGUUCACAUGAUAAUAAUUUGCUUGAUGUGAACAUGGGUCUACAAAAGCCUCCUUUCUGAAUUAUAGUUCUGUUUUUCCUUUCCAGAAUUUCUAACAUGGCACGAUGCUUUUAUUGCUACCUCUCUGCAGUCGUAUUUUAUAGGAAGUGCUCCAAAUGAUUUUCUGAAAGUUGCUGUUUAGAUGCUGUGGGCAUACUUUCUUUUAAUAUCCAAUAAAAUACACAUUUUUGCCAUAUCUUGGAAUGAAUACGCAUUCUUUUUUAUUAAACACACUGCACAAAUUUGUUUGAUUUUUAACACUGAUAUGGUUACAUAUUUUCUGGUAUUGUCAUUGGAUAAAAAGUUAAAUUUAUAGACUUGAGAUGCAGAAUUUGGAUUUGAACAGAUAUGCCACUGGCAGUUUUGGUGUAACAUGAAACGUUUAUCUGACUCUUUGUCAUUGUGUGUCGUCUUCCUGUUUUGCCUCUGAUGCACAGUGACGCCCCAACUGCAGAUUGAAAGAGAAAACAAAAUAAAACUCUGGAAGGAAAGAAGGGUUGUAAUCAGAAAGGAGUCUUUUCUAGAUCCUGUUAUGUUUUGGAUUUUUGCGCUUUGCAGACUUGUAGAUAGAUGAAGAUGCAUCUACAAAUCGUACACUACACCAAAACCCAGAACAGCAUUGUCAUCCUCAUCAAUUUGAAAAUCUAAAAUUGCUUAAACUGUGAACUUUUUUAUUGCUUUAGUAUGUAGAACUCACCCAUAUGUUUGUGCCAGACAUUUGAAUUAUGCCUUGUGUAUUAAAAAUGUUGCAUUGCUUUACAAAGAUACAAACAAUAUUCAGGAAUAUAGUGCAAUUCAGAUUGUUAGAACAAUUAAGAUUAUUAUUAGUUAUACAUACGUGCAUGGCCAUGAUUGUCAAAACUGUGUUCCAAUCUAAAACACGAUUGAUAAGAGAGAAAAGUACCAUUUGUGAUUCAUAUUAAAACUUGGAUAAGUACAUGCAGGCAGCACUGUUUGUUCAGCUUCUGUUGUGGUACUUUUAGAAACUACCUUUACACAAAUUCACACACAUGGAUAACACCUUAAAGUAGGUAACAACUACUUCUUACUCAUCAUAUAUAACAUUUAUGUAAUUUUUAUUCAGGUCUAUAUGUUCUGUCCAUUUGACAAAAGGAUGAUUAAAUAAUGCUAUCUGUCUGAAUCAAGCAUACAACAUCCUUUUGAAAGUGUAAGAUGAGGAAUGAUCAUAGCCUUCUGAUUACGAGCAGGUAGUAACAUGGUAAAGUCUGAACAACUGAUACAAUAUAAAGUGAUCUAUCCCUUUGAAUAUGUUGGUUUUGAUUGCAGAAUUUAAGUAAAUUGAAUGCACAUUUUAAGUUUGUUUUAUUUUAUCAACUAAAAAUUAAUUGUGGCAUCUUUGGCAUUACUGACAUUAAAUUAUUGUCAUUAGACACUUUUAUUCAGUGCUUGAAAGUCUUGACAGCUCUUAUUUCAUGUAGCUAUUAAGUAACAUAAUAAAGACAGACUUUUUCGUGUUUUUUGGAUACAGAUUUGACAAUCUGUGCAGCUGCACACAGAACAACUUACCUCAGCAGUUAUUUGUUGGCAGUGUUGAAUGAGAGAGACAUUAUGUGUGAGUAAAGAGGUGAUGUGAUUUGGAUUGCAGAAAAAUAGUUUUUCUACUUUAUUUUUGAAUUUGAGAAAGAAGUAUGAGGUACCUUGUACAGGAAAAUGUCACUGCCAAUUUUUACAGAAUGAUGUAAAAAACUAAUAAUAUAAAAAAAUAAAACAGAGAAUUCUAUUUUUCAUUAAUGUUGUUAAUUGAAAAUAUGUUUUGUUGUUGGACCAUAGGUAAGUUUGUUUAUAAGUUACUAGUUUGUCGUAUUUCAGAUCUAUGAAAAUGUUCUUAUGUAUUACCUCGUCCACAUUCAUUGAAUACAUCAGUUACAGUUAAGUCAUAAAAUUUCUUAAGCAUAACCCUUCCAGUUUUAGUAGUCAUUACCUGGAAGAAGGUGCUGAUAUGUGAAUUAAAGUAUAGAAUAUUAUUUUUUCUGCCAUUUUGAACUAAGAAUAUUAACACUUUCCUUUUUACUCCUAUUUUGACAGUUUUUGGAUGUUCAUUGUAGACUUACAACAUGCAGAUUGAGAACUGUAAAUAAUACAUUUAUCAGUUACGCUUUUUAAAUAAAGUUUUGUGUUAAAAACAAUGAGUGUGAAAAGAAUUUGUAGUGUUAAUAAAAACAAAAUCCUAAGCAGCAGUUUUAACAUCAUUGUCAUGUUCUGUUGUGAGUAUGUAAUUGUGAAACUAUGCACAGAACUCUGUUGGUGAUGAACUAACUACCUGUGUAUAAGGCAGUGUGAUUUCAUUUGUCUGGGGUUUCCUUCAUUAUAGGUGAACUACAGUAAAGGCAGAAUUCUUAACUUAAAAGAUAAAUUGGUUAAUUAACAUGUUGUUAAAUGAAAUGUGCAUGUAAACAUUCUCAUGUGUUCAUGUUGUAAGUAAAUAUAAAUUAACAAGAGUCAUUAGUUAAGUAAUUGAUAAACUUUUAGGAAUAAGAUUUAUUUUUCUUACCUGUGGUCCAAUUUAGAAUUUGAAAGAAAAUGUAAAGAUAAAAAGACCAUGUUUGAUGGUGACCUAAGAAGCAAAAUAUUUUUCUGUAUCGUGCUUUAAGUUUGCUGUAGAUCAAACCAAAGUCUGUAUGACUAAAUAUAAGUUAUUAAGAACUUCUGCAGAAUGUACUGAUAUUUGAAGAAUAUAAUAGGAACAGUGAAAAUCUCACAAAAGAUUGAUUUUGUGAUUCACAGCACCCAUGUUAUUAGAGGAAUGUGUACUUUGGAAGGGCACUGAAACAUGCAAAGCUCUUAAUUGAGGCAAAUAUUACGCUUAAUUUGUUCUGCCCAAAGGAAGAAGUCACCUGGGGAAACGUGAUGUAUAUAGGAAGGUAUAUGUAGUCUGUAAAUUGGACAAUAAUAUUAAAAUGGUUUUAAGAGGGUGGAUUGGAAUUAUGUGGCUCAGGUUUUGGACCAGUGGCAAGCUCUUGUGAACAUGGUAAUGAACCUUUUUAUUCCAUAAAUUUGGGGAAGUCUUUGACUAGCUGAGCAUACUGUAGACUUUCGAAGGACUUCCCCAUGGAGUUGGUUAUUCUGGUAGGCUGCCUUAACAAACUUGGUGUCAUCUCUCAAUUUUAGGCUUGAGGUUGACGUAAUAACACUUUCUGUUAGUACCACAAUUAUUUGUGGAAAAUGGAGGUUUCUAAAUUUUAUUCUAUUUUGUUAUUUAAUAAACAUUAUUUUUGUUGUGGAAUUCAUAAUAUGAAUUAAAUUAAAAAUUAUAUACCAAACCCUAAGGAGCAGGUAAUACUAAAUUUGAUCUUACAAAAAUAAGUUGUGAGGUUUUGAAGUGGCUAAAAAUAGCAUCCAAUGUUAUGCUGCUGUUGGAACAGUGGUGAACCUUAGGAUCCCAUAAUCGUUUAUAGAGGAGUUCAGUAUGUGUUGGCAUUAUAGGCAAUUUCUUCUUCAAAAAUGAUGGAAAGAUAUUUAAAUUAAUUUUUAAGUGUUUUAUUGCAUAUUACACAUUUGUUUGAUAUGCAUUAAGAUGUAUUUUAUAUAUGUGAAAAAUUGGAAUAGACAAAGCGAUAUAUAGUUCCAGAACUGCUAAUAAUAUGCUAGGAAUAACAUUUAAGUUUACAUUAGUAGUUUGUUUGCAUUAAUCUAGCCAUGCAUCCUACAGCAUGAAUUCUUGACUUAACAAAUGGAAGGAAAUGCUUUGUUCUGUUAUAGAUCACCAUCAAAUAUGGACAAAUUUCUGAAAGCAAAACAGCAUACAAAGCAACCAAAAAAAAGCUUGUAAUUUCAUCACUAAGAAUUACAAGAGUCUUAUUCAACUUUGAGUAAAGUUCACAGUGGUGAAACUUAUCAAAAGUGAAAUUUGUGGCAUGUAAUUCUUGGAUGAAAGAUUUGUAAAUAAUUGCAAAGAAAGACUAUGGGGACCUGAUAGAAACAAUUUUUUUUUCUGCUCGAACUUAAUGGCGAUGCAGUUUGCAUCGUUUUUGUCCUUUUGUUUAUUUUUUCUAAGUUUCCGAGCAAUGGGAAGAAAAAUUAUAUAUGCGACCAGCCUUCGACUGCCUGAUUGUAUGAUAUAUAGAUGGAAAGAUCCUAUUAUUAACUGUAUUGUAAUAAUGUAAUAUACUGUGAUUGUAUGUGUAAAUUAUUCCUUCUCUCCAACUUGUUCUUAAGUCUUGUUUCAGUGUACUUGUAAUCAUGUUUCUUGCUCUUGGGCAUUGAUAGCUUUUGUUGGUACUGUCAUCCUUUUUCCGAGUUUUCAGCUGCUAGAACGAAAGACAUUUUCUAAACAUCUAUGAUUGACCUUCAUUUUUAAACGUUUCUUCCUGUAGUAUAUCACUAAUUAAAUUUAGUAUAGCUUUUGUGUGGUAAAAUAUAAGUUCUGCCUUGACUUAUUUUCUUUGCUCUUGAUCCCUUUCUCUUUCCACAAUUGUGGAGGAAGCAUUUUCUAGAUGUUCAAAAAAUGUUGGAUGCCAAAUCUCAUUUGCAUGCAGUUGAAAGCACAAAAAUGAGGACUACUCCAAGGAACUACAGAUAAUGCAGCCAUGCACAUAUCACUGUAUCGGAGUUCACAGAUGAUGUGUGAUUUAAAAAGUUAUAAAAAGUAAAUUGAGAUGUUCAUUACUGUUUAUUCAUAAAACAUUAGGAUAACAUCUUCCUGCACAGCAGAAAGAGUGGACUGCUAAGCCACCCUUGUAAUUCAUACUUGGUGCUACAUGUUGGAUUAUAUUCCCACAUUGACUUGUUAACAGAACUUAGGGGUUACAUUUCACGAGGGUUUCUAAACUGAGGUAUAUCACAACUGUAAUUACUUGCAAUACAUUUAUGGCAUCUCUGUUCUCCUGACAAAAUUAUUUGCAAAUGAAUGUGAAUGUGUGUGGCUGCAUUAAAAUAGAAACUGUGUGUACAUAUGGUUGUUACUUUGUAAGUAUAUGAAACUGAUCGAUUUUCUGUCCGUGAAAGAGAUGUGGGCAAACGGAAGUAAUACUUCCGGAUCUGUGUUUUAGUUCCAGCAAGAAUUUGUGUCUUGCACAAUAUAUUUUGGAAAAUUACAAAUUUUUAUGGGAAAUAAUUGUUACAUUCAUUUUAGCACCUGUUGGGUGCUGUAUAUUAUCUAUUCCUAAAUUUGAAUUGCAUAAUUAAGGAAUCUAGUUUUCUGUAUGUAGUUUUUGUAUUAAGUUAUCUUGUGCAGUCAUUUGCCUUAUUCUUGAAUAUGAAUGUGUAUAGGAAUAUUGCCUAUAAAUUAAAUGAAGAAGAUUGUAUGUAUUGUGGGUUUUGCAUCAGUAGAGAGUUCAUGUAUGACCACAAUGCUUUUAUCAUUACCAUACACUGUUGGAAUAUUUGCAUUAUUUUUUGUAUUUUAUAGCCUAGGAUUGCUUUAACAAUUUAACGUUAUUGCUUGAUCGUUUCUUACAAAAUUAGCCAGUUUGAGAAAAAAAUUUAAAACUUGUGAUAAAGGUUUUUAUGGUGGUAUAAAUUUGCAUUGUGGUCUGGUUUUCAAAACUGUCUAGUCAUGUAGAUAUGAUUUUUUUUUUAUAGGAACCCAACUGGCUGGCUACAUGAUAUAACCUUCUUCUUCUAUGGCACGAUAACCUAUAAAAUCACAAUCUGAGUUCAUAACACAUGAUUUGGACUUUGUUUGUUCAGUCUGUGGGCAAUAUUAAUAUUUUAUUUGUAGUGCUUGUAUGGACAUGUAUUAGAUAUCGCAUUGUUAUAUGAUGUUGCUUAUAUAUAUGGACACAUAUAUACAUGCUUUAGUUAAUUUUAUUUUAAAAAAUAAUUGAAUUUACAGUGUACUGUUUCAGCCAUUUCAUUAAAAAGAGUAUCAAUAUCAGAGUCCCAAAAUACAUUAAAGAAUUAUUUUAAAGUGUGAUGUGAGAAUUGUAAAUUACUUCAGACAAAUCAACAAACUGUUAUUUCUUAUAGAUAAUAAUUACAUGCAUGUGUAUGUAUCUAUUAUGUGUAGAAGGGGCCACAUUAUUGCACUAAACUACAAAGCAUAUAACCUGCCUACUGUAGACAGUAUAUUAGUUUGUAAAGGCUGUACAAAUGAUUGUGUUGUAACAGAACGCUAUCUUGCAAUGAAAAAUUACAACAUUUAGGCUAGAAAAUGAAGUAAAGGGCAAUAAUGUUUAUGGUGGUAUGCCAUUGGACGUGAAAUUAAUGAAGAACCAUUCUCCGUCCACCAUAGAUUACAUUAAAUAAAUUUAAAGAAAUUACAGUGUCAUGAUAUGUGUGACUUUCAAAUAGGACUGCCUCAAGUGUAGUGUGAUCUUGUAUGUUGAGUUGCUACUCUAGCAUGUUGGGAUUGCCUUCUGAUUGACUGCUAUUCGUGCAUACAUGCUUGUGUGAAAACCUCAUCAGUAUAUAGCAUGUAUGUUCUGAAAUACACCAAGAUUUGUACUGGAUUUUACACUGGCUUCCACAACUAUAAUAUAUGCAUCUGUAUGAUGACCCAUUGGUAUUAGUUAUUUUAUAGAGCAUUGAAUGCCUCCGAUAUCAUUUAGAAGAUUCCUGUUACAAGAGAAAUUUGUGGUAAUGCCAUGUAGAAAACAAUACUAUGCAGUGGGACUUCCAGUGUUUCCAGGAAUAUAAUUGAAGUGCCAUGUUGUGAAUGUUUAACUUGUGUUAUUAUUGUGUCUUUACACAAUAUAUUUUUACUCAAUCAAAAAAACUAAUGAAGUAAUUAAACAUAUAGCCUAAACAACCUUCCAUUCAAGAUGAUUUGUGCUUCUAACGGCCACCAACAUUGUAAUGAUACGAGAAGGUUAAUGAAGACCUGAACAUGGGUUUCUAAACCUGACAUGUGAUUUGGGGUAUUAAUUACUAAGACAUGAAAAAAUCUGUUGUGUGAAGACAUAAUUUCAUCAUGGAGUAUUGUAAUCGAAAAGUGUCUAAAUCCAGAUAUAUAAUGUACAAUAUUCAGGUCUAAAUAUAACUUGAAAUCUUUUUGAUGUUCUUAUAACUCAGUUUUUUAAUAAUAUAACUUAAUCAGCAUAUGCAUACAAUAAUAUUCAGUAUUGCAUGUCAUCAAAAAAAAAUUAAGUAAAUUGUUUGUUGGUGUUGUAAUUUUAGUGAUGUCAUAAGCAGAUUAAAAUUUAUAAUUAAUGUAGCAUUCAGCAUAUUCUGUAGACUACAAACUAGGUGACAGAGAAUGGUUGUGCAGUGUAAGAACUGUAAGUUGUAAUUGUUCAUGUUAGUAAAGAUUCAUCUGAUAACAAAGUAUGUGGAACUUAACAGCUUGUGAAUUACUAUUUGCUGAUCAGCAGAUUAUAGCAGUCAUAGAUUCAGGUAAUGAAGUAGGUGCUCAUCCAAAUGUAAUAACAAGAGAGGAAACUUGUAUUUUGCUCGUUAAAGUUUAGCAUGAUGUAGAGACAAAGAAAAUGGGCAUUGCUAAGGAAUUCCUUCCUAUUUGAACACACACACACAGAACAUUGACCCUAACUUCAAGGAUGGAAUAUAUAUGGAGUGCAUGUCAUUAUUAUAUAUAUAACUUCGCAGGUACAAAUUGUUUUAUUCUUCCGGUUGUUGGUAUAUGUCAGAUAUGAGAGUUUUGAGCACAAUAAUCAAAUUAUUAACAAUAUUGCCAGCAUUAUCUUAAUAUUCAUUAAAUUAGAAAAAAGAUACUAUUUUGUAUACUACAGGAGUACAUUUCCUAAAGUAUGUUCUUCUUUCAAAGCAUGGAAGUAAAAUUUGAGAGAUCUGAAAUAUCAAUAAUUUGGAAUAACAGGACAAUAGCAACCUGAUAUUUAUUGCAGUGCUGUAAAUACAUAGUAGGAAUAUGCUGUUAAAUGGGCAAUUGUUAGUGAUGAGGUAACAAAAAAAAAGAACAUAUCAUUUUUCAAUAUUGGUGUACUGGUAUAAUGAAUUUGUUUGUGGAUGUGUUUGCCAAUAUGGCCUAUGGGGUUCUCAGUGUCCUAAUUAUGCUAUCUUCCCCCGUCAUGUUUUGGACAGUUUGUCAUUUUGUGGGAUUGUGCAGUCAUCUGUAAUUAAUGUUUUAACUAUUCAGUAGAUAUUGUUCUCACUGUUAGUUUGUACAAUAAAAGAGAAAUGGGAUAUGGUUUAAAAACUUUGAUGAAUCAUUUGGCUUGUUAAUCUCAGCCUACUUUAAUGUUUUCUCAAAUGGUUAUUGUUUGAAGCAUUAAUGCAUACUGUAUAUUAUAAUAAAAUUACCAAUCUUUCUCAAACAGAUGGUAACAUUUCAGAUCCUAAA